CGACUGCUACAACAACCUAGCUGGCAGAUGCCUGUGAUGUCCAGAAGAGGGCAUCAUGUUCCCUGGAGCUGCAGUUACAGGUGGCUGUGAGUUGUCCCAUGUUGGUGCUUGAAAGCAAACUUGGCCCCACUGCAAGAGCAAUGUGUGCUCUGCACCACUGAGUCAUCAUCCCAUCCCCUUUACUUUUAUUUUUGGUGGUGGUGGUGGGGAUUGAAUCUCAGAGAUUAAAUAUGACAGGUGGUCAAUCAGUCUACUGAGCCACAACCCUUCUUUAAGGCAGAACAUUGUCUUCAACACUGUUGCUUAAAGUCCGCCCCCAGUGACUCACUUCCCCCAACAAGGCACCACACCUCCUAACCUAGCUCAAGUAGAGUUACUCUCUGAUAACUAAGCAUUCAAACAUAUGAACCUAUGAGGGCCGUUCUUAUUCCACCCACCAGACUGAGAAUGACCUUGGAUUCUUAAUCCUCCUGCCUCUUCUACCUCCCAAGAGUUGGGAUUACAGGUAUGCAGCACUGUGCCAUGUUAGAGAGAGUUUUAAAUUAAAAAAAUAAAGUAUGGGGACUGCAGAGAUAGCCUACCAGUUAAAAAGUACUUAUUGCUGUUGUAGGGCACUUGGGUUUGGUUCAGCACUUACGCACAUAGCGACUCACAGUCAUCUCUGACUCCAGUUCCAGGACCUGAUGCCUGUCAUGAACACUAUGGGCUCCUGCAUGCAUAUGACCCACAUUUAUACACACACACAAAAAAAAUGAAAUAAGUAAACUUUAUGUAUUUAUCGCAUAUGCACACAUACUCAAGCAUGCAGGAUACAUGUUUUGUGAAUGUCAAAAGAAAGCUUGUGUGAGUCACGUCUCAAUGCAAGUUAUCAACUUUGGUAGCAAGAGGCUGUACCCACUAAGCCAGCUUGUCAGUCAAAACUUUUACAUCUCUAGUUCCUGGAUGAGGGUAUAGAUAUGGUAGACACCUAAGCAUUAGUUGAAUAAAUGAAUAUUGGGGAAUGCCUUGAGAUGGGCAGUGGAAUCUCCUAAAUAAUAAGCCCUCCUUUCUCCCUUUAACUUGGCCCAUUAGCCUGUCUCCUCCAGAUGGAGCCAGUGAACUACGAACGAGUGAGAGAAUACAGCCAGAAAGUCCUAGAACGACAGCCUGAUAAUGCCAAGGCCUUGUAUCGGGCUGGAGUAGCCUUCUUCCACCUGCAAGACUAUGACCAGGCUCGACACUACCUGCUGGCUGCUGUCAGUAGGCAACCUAAAGAUGCCAAUGUCCGGCGGUACCUCCAGUUGACACAGUCAGAACUCAGCAGCUACCAUAGGAAAGAGAAACAGCUGUACCUGGGCAUGUUUGGUUAAUGAAGAAAAAAGAUGCUUCUCGACUUGAACUCAAGUGGACAAGGAAAGACCCACCAAGGGAAAUCUGAGCCUCAGCAAGAGACAUUCACCCUUUACCUCUGACCCAGGUGGAUUUCCUUGUUUCCUGUUCUGCACAAGCUCUUUGCUACUUAGACCAUCUGCAUAGUUUGUUGUCUGUCCCCUGGUGUAUUUGUGUGUCUUAUAAUCCAUAUUAUUUGCCUUGAGAAAUGGACGAGAGAGCAUUCAUCGACUGUGGGUGGAAUCAACUAUAUUUGUGGCAUAGAUUUAAUGAGAUGUUGUUAGAUGUUUUCAGAUACAGAGGAGAGGGCCAGUGAAGGAUGAGACAGUAAGGAUAGGCAGAAAGGAAUCUUUUGCUGUUUCCUCAGAUGCCCUUGUUUUUCCUAGUGGGAUGGAGAUAUAUAUAUAUAUAUAUAUAUAUAUUUGUGUGUGUGAAACAAGAUAAUUAUAAAUUGAGCCCAAGUAUAUUUACAUUAAAGAUUUGAAACUAAUCAUUUUAGGACUAAGGCUAUAGUUCAGUGGUAGACUGCUUGCCUAGCAUAUAUAAGGAAGGCCCUGGGUUUGAUUCCCCAGUGUUGCAAAACUAACCAACUAAAUAACAAGAGAAGACUUAAACUUUGUUAUUUAAAUUAAUUUUUUAUACUCCUUUAAUAUUUCAGACACAUUCAGAUUCUUUUUUUUUUUUUUCAAGACAGGGUUUCUCUGUGUAGUCCUGGCUGGCUGUCCUGGAACUCAUUCUGUAGACCAGGCUGGCCUCGAACUCAGAAAUCCACCUGCCUCUGCCUCCCAAGUGCUGAGAUUAAAGCACAUUCAGAUUCUUUUCCCCAUAAUAGUAUCUUCUUUCUAGGCAGAAAUGAUGGCACAUGCCUGUACUAUAGUUCCAUCACUUAGAAGUGUAAACUAGGACAAUCACAAAUUCAAGGCCAGCCAGAUCUUGUCUCAAAACUAAAGGGCUAGAGACACAGUUCUGUGGCAAAACCCUGGGUUUAAUUCCCCUUUCGGUUUUUUGGUUUGCUUUGUUCCCUCCUGGUAAUUUCUAGUCCUUGCUAUUGCUUGUACUCAGAUCAUUGACAUAGCACAACUUAUUUGUCGUUAAUGUAUUCUUUUUUUUUAAACUUCUGGAAUGCCCGGGAUAUAUGAAACUCUGUUUUUAGCUUCUGGAGUCAGUCAAGCAUUUAAAUAGUUAAGAAUAUUUACUAACUCUGUCCUUGUGCCAAGAAGGAACCCAAGUGCUGGUGAGCUUUUUCUGGGUGUGUGUAUGUAUGGUGCUGGAGUUUAAACCCACCUUGCACAUGCUAGGCAAGCACCCUAUUAUCAAGCUAUACAGCUAGCCUCACAGUAUUUUUUUUUUGUAUUUAAGAAAGAGUUUCUCUCUGUAGCACUGGCUGUCCAUGUCUUAAUAUUUAAUAGAUACAUUACUAAAGUGUGUUCAUGUUUAUGAAAGGCAUUACUUUGUCUUCUUGAAAGUGUGCCAUAAUGAAGCAUGACAGAAUCUGUUUCCUCUUUAGCUGUCACUCUGUCUU